GUCGAGAAUAUCAAAUUAAAACAGGAUAAAGAAGACAUUGAGGUCAGAUUCGCAAAACUAGAGCAGAGCAAUAAAGAAAAAACUGAUCUUAUUGCUAAACUGGAAUGGGAUGUUUUACAAAUUAAACAGGCUUCAGUAACUUCACAAUCAAUUAUUUCACCGUCAAUUAAAAAUCAUUCUGGUGAAGAUGAUAGCAUUGAUUCUCAUAGCCUUGAGUCAAAAACUCAUCAAAAUCUAGACUUAUCUUUAGAUAAUCAAAAUACUUUCUCGACAGAAUUAGAAAAGCCAAUGCUACUUCCAUUACUAUGUAAUGCAAAUACUGUGACCAAUGGUCAUGAUCGAGAAGAGAUUAUACCAUCACCAUUACUAUCUGAUGCAAAAACUGUGACUAAUGGUCACAAUCAAAAUAAUGUUUAUGUAAACUCUGUUAAUAUCUCUGAAGUAUUCGAAUCAGAUGAUCAAAUAGUAGAAAAUUUAAUACAAGAGAUGUCCCAUGAUCAUACACAGAGUGUUAUUUCUUCCAAAAAUGAUUCCACAUCUUUAGAUAUCAGUGGACCUGGUGAAAUUAGCAA